AUGGGGUUGGUUGAUAUCCCUUGUGUGGGAGACGCAGAUUUGAUCGAGCAAAUUUUGGGGUAUGACAGUAGAGAUAUAUCGUACCAUACUCCAAUUUGGCUCAAAACUGAGAAGGUCGAUUGGGGUCCUAAGCCUUUUAGGUUUAACAAUGUUUGGUUCAAACAUGAAGGCUUCAAUUCUUUUAUUAAAGAGGACUGGGCAAAGUUGAAGAUAGAGGGUAGAGGAGACUUUAUUUUGUAUGAGAAGCUUAAAAGGUUGAAGUACUGGAUUAGAGAAUGGAAUCGUGAUGUCUUUGGUCUGAUAGACUUGAAAGUUAGUGAGAAGGUGAAAAAUAUUAACGAGUUAGAUAUGUUAUUGGUGAAAUUUUUUGAAGGUAAUGUCGACCCUUUAGUUAGCCUUAGAAGGGAAGCUACCAAAAAGUUAUGGAAUUGGAUAAAUGUAAAAGAAAGCAUGCUUAGGUUGAAAUCUAGACAACUUAGCUUGAAGGAUGGAGAUAAGAACACUCGUUUCUUUCAUAAUUCGAUGAAGGAGAGAUAUAGACGGAACACUAUCACUUUAUUGGAAGGGGAGAACAGAAGGGUGGAAGGAGUUGAAGAAAUUAAGGAUACGGUCAAGUUGCAUUUUGAAAUCUGA